CCGUUCAGUACCGGAUUCGCCGAACGUCAGUCGUCGUCGCACGCCGUGCGCGUCGAGAUUUUUUUUACCACAGUUACUCCGUGAUCGUCGCGUGUAUCGGUGCCAUGCGAUGUUGUUGCUCUCACAUCUUCGCUGUACCUUGUCGUUGAUUUGAUUUUCCGUUUCGCGGUUUUGCAAGAGCGAGCGAUGAUUUUCUCAAAGAGAGCGUCGGUUUUACGUGCGAUAAACGCGGUUUUCAGUAGGAUCGAUCGCGAGAAAUCGGUAUUUCGCGGUACAGGCGAAUACGGUCGAUUCGCUUUUGCAGAUCGGAGCAGUAGGUACACAUCGAGUUUAGUCGCCGAGUUUACGGGCCCUGUUAGAAAAUAGGAACCGAAGGGGAACGCCAGGAAGUGCCUGGCAGCGGAGUCUUACACAACAUGCCUUCUAUUUGCGGCGAUAUGGGUGAUACGGCUGCUGCCUCGCAAUCAGGUAUCAUGGAAGGUAUCUCCAGUACGGACAGUAUUGGGACACAGAGUGACAUAUCAGGACACACAACUGUAACAGGAAGGCCGAGAAUGGAUGUGGCUUGUGUGUUGGAUCUGCAACAACCGGAGCAUCUCGCCCAGCGAAAGAGAGCGCUGGACGAAGUUAGACAAGCCUGCAAUUUGGUCAAUGCCAAUAUACAUCAUAUUCAGUUUGAGAAACUAGAUUUUGGCGAAACCAGUGUAUUGGAAGCAUUCUAUAAUGCUGAUGUGGCAGUUGUAGAUUUGAGCAUUCAGUUGCAACAGUCUGCGUUAUUUUAUCAUCUCGGUGUCAGGGAGAGCUUCGGCAUGAAGGAAAAUAUCUUGCUUUAUAAUGACGUGGACACAGAGACAACGAUUAGACUGAAGUUAUCUUGUGGCAGCUACACGUUUGUUUCCUACCGUGUUGUGGAAUGUGGCACAUGUGUAGCUACUAACCCAGCAGCUAGCAGAAUCACAGGCGAAGAAGCAAUAGAUCCCAAACAGCAUCUCACUCUGAAGCUCAAGAAACUAUUUCAAGAUGUGGAAAUACAAUCCAAAGCGCACAUGAAGGAGAAAUUUCUGGCAGAUUUGCGCAAAGCGCGUGAAACGUAUUCCGGAGAGGAGCUCUCGAGAGCUUUAAAUAAUAUGCGCAAACGUUUAGACGACCCAAAUGUUUUGUCAGGAGAAGUUGUCCUAAAUGUUCUAAUUUCAUUCCGAGAGAUACAGGGUUAUGACGCAAUGGUACAAUUGGUUGAUGAUUUGAGAACUAUACCGACGCACAAGAACUACAUAAAUACUCCGGCUAUUAGAUAUUUAUAUGCAUUUGCUCUAAAUCGACGAAACAAGGAGGGUGAUCGAGAAAGAGCGUUAAAAGUGAUCGAGAAAGCGUUGGAAAAGAAAGAGAAUCAUGUUCCUGACAUGCUGUGUCUGUGUGGCAGAAUAUAUAAAGAUAUAUUUGUGGAGAGCAGGCACACAGAUCAGGAAAGUUUGAACAAUGCGAUCCACUGGUAUAGAAAAGGUUUCGAGGUCCAACCUAAUGAAUAUGCUGGUAUAAAUCUUGCUACUUUAUUGGUCAUAGCUGGGAACGAAUUUUCAAAGAGUGAAGAAUUACAACACAUAGGAAUGGUGUUAAAUAAUUUAAUUGGCAAAAAAGGCAGUUUAUCGAGCUUGAAAGAUUACUGGGAUGUGGCAACGUUCUUCGAAAUCAGCGUGUUGGCGGAAGAUUAUUCGAAGGCUAUACAAGCAGCUGAAUGUAUGUUUAAACUGAAACCACCGAAUUGGUAUCUGAAAUCGACAAUAGGCAAUAUAUCACUGAUAGACAGAUUUCGUAAAAGAAACGAAGAAGCUGAAGUUUCACCAGAGGAGCAAAUAUUUAGCUUUUGGAUGGACUACUUUGUCGAAGCUACAAAGUCGGAGGUUGGCGAUAGUAUACGAUUUCCAAUCUUAGUCUUGGAGCCAACAAAGAUCUUGAUGCCAAGUUAUGUAAAUGUGAAUCUAGGCGCAGAGGAGAAGUCUAUACAGAUAUGGAAUUUGUGCUUGGAUAACAUGAAAAAUAACUGCAAGCAGGUUCAUGAUUGGCUGUUUACCGCAAACAUGAUACGUAGCGUUAGUCUAUACAAAAGAGACGAGAGAUGCCUUUUCUUAUAUGUACAUCAAAACUCGGACGAUUUUCAAAUGUACCUGCCGUCGGUGCAAUGUAGGCAACGAUUUUACGACCUGAUCUUAGAAAUGACUAGGGAUCAGGAAGGCAUGGUUACAGACUUGGAUGCCUACAUGACUGACGAUCGCAUGAAGUUCGAGUAUGAAUUGGACGAUCAAAAUAAGCGCAUAGUUCUCGGUAAAGGCACGUACGGCAUAGUAUAUGCGGCACGUGAUUUAAAUACUCAGGUCAGAAUUGCUGUGAAAGAAAUUCGUGAGCGAAAUUUGGGCGAUGUACAGCCUCUGCAUGAAGAGAUUAAGUUACACAGCCAGUUGAGGCACAGGAAUAUCGUUCAGUAUUUGGGCUCUGUAAGUGAAGAUGGGUAUUUCAAAAUUUUCAUGGAACAAGUGCCUGGAGGAAGUUUGUCAGCUUUGCUAAGAUCAAAGUGGGGCCCUUUAAAAGAAAAUGAAUCAACCAUUUCGUACUAUACCAAGCAGAUGUUAGAAGGCCUUAAAUAUCUCCAUGAUCAGAAAAUAGUUCAUAGAGAUAUAAAAGGCGACAAUGUAUUGGUAAAUACAUAUAGCGGAGUAGUAAAAAUUUCGGAUUUUGGUAUGUCAAAACGUUUGGCUGGUUUAUGCCCGAGUACGGAAACGUUCACCGGGACGUUACAAUAUAUGGCGCCAGAAGUUAUCGACAAAGGUCAACGUGGCUAUGGUGCGCCUGCGGACAUCUGGUCUUUGGGUUGCACGAUAGUUGAGAUGGCAACUGGCAAACCUCCAUUUAUUGAACUGGGUUCUGCGCAAGCAGCUGUUUUCAAGGUGGGAUAUUACAAAAUACACCCCGAGAUACCGUCAGAGUUGUCGGAGAGAGCGAAAUCUUUUAUACUGCGUUGCUUUGAACCAAACCCGGAUAUAAGAGCAACUGCGGCAGAAUUAUUGGAGGAUCCAUUCCUUAACGAGAAAAAGAAAAGCAGCAGGUUGGCCGCACCACCUGACUUCAGCAGAAGUAUAUCGGUUCCCGCGGACAGAUUAGAACGUUUGGGGAAAUGUGACAAAACGAACAAUAAUCAUAUCGUUGCCGCUGCACCAAUGCAGAUGUCUCAGUCGGACGAUAGUGGAGGGUUGACGAAGUCAAGCCCAUUGAGGGAACGCAGUCCGGCCCACCUAUUGUCCCCCAUCAGCAUGCCUACUGCAACCCUCUCUUUUAACAGUACAAUAGGAAAUACUCCAUCGAUAGAAACCAGUGAAAGUGAUACUGCGGGUGCCUCGAUAACUAGAAGAAGUUCGUCCGGUGGACUGUUAUCGCCGGAAGUGGAAUUAGGAGGGCAACCGGGACAAAAAUCUGGAGAAGAACAAGAGGGCUUUUACUUGUUGAAGAAGGACAGUCAAAGGCGCAUGACGUUAACGAGGGUUCUCAAUCAGGACGAGGCCAAGAUCUGUGAAGUUUGGAUGAGAGGUAUACAUCAGGCGGAAGGACAAACGGUGCUGCAGAUGAGUCAUCUUGUGCUGCUUAUGCGCGGUUUAAGAGACUACAUCGCCGAGCAAAAUCAGGACGUGAUAGUGACAUCCAUUAGAACUUUGAAGGAAGAAUUGGAUUUCGAUUCGACAGCUAUUAAUCACCUACACUUGGCUAUUUAUCUAUUUCAAACGGCAGUAAACGAAGUCCUCAGGAUGCACAGUAUAAAGCCACAUUGGAUGUUCGCUCUGGAUAAUUUAGUGAGGAACGCUGUUCAAGCUGCUAUCACGGUCUUAUCACCCGAAUUAGGAGCUAAUUUACUGGGACAAGAACGGGUACAACCUGGUGGCCAAGUUCCCGAAGAAGGCUCGACAUCGGGUGUGUCCAUGGUAAAUUCUGUCAAGUCUCCGAAAACCGACGAUUCUAUCGAUAAUAAAUACUGGAAGGAGUACAGGGACCAAAUGGGAGCGCUAAAGAUGGAAAAUAUGAGGUUACUUCAAGAAUUGAUAGAAAAUCAAAAGUCGUACCAGUCGUUGCUGCAACAAGUUCUCGAAGAGCAGAGAGCCCAAGUUGGUACAUUGACACAUUUGUGCGAAAAUAUCAAUAGGAAAACGGAAAGGCAGGAAGUAGGUAAUUCUAAUACAUGCGUUCCCGGAUAUAUAUCGCAACAAACGGAAUCCUUAAGAACCACGGACACGCGUUACAAUAAUGAAUCACAUUCAGACACGACGUUCAAUCGACUCAUCGAUUGGCUGCGAAAUCUGCAGAUAGACGAAAUAUCGAUAGAUAGGUUCUUAUAUGAAGAAUACACACUGGAGGAUGUUUUGGAUCAUAUUACACGGGACGAUCUCCGCAGAUUAAACUUGAGGGGAGGAAUUGAAAUCAGGAUAUGGCAAGCUAUACUGAGACAUCGCGAUUAUAUAAGUAAUAAUGGGAAUUAAAUUGCGUAGACUACAGCUACAUUCUUCCGUCGACAUUAGCGACAGACCGUCACUAAUAACUAAUAGCCGAAGUUUAAAGCAGGGUAAGAUAUUUGUUGCGCUUAGACCGCCACACGAUGAAGGUAUGAUGAUCUAAAUCGAUCAUGUCGUAAUAUUAGAUACAAAUUGUGCCUCUAUAGAAAGUUUUUUCCGUGACACAGUAUAACAACACCGGUUCUCUUUGUAGUUCCUAAAUGUAGGUUAAUAUUAUUUUUUAUAGAGGAAUUCUGUAUGUAUAACAAAUCUGUGAAGAUGAUGAUUUAUAUUAACGAAAUGUUUAUGUAUUAUAAUCUUUAGCGCUUUCGUCACAGAUUUUAAUUACUUUGCCAAAGUACCAUGAUAUCAGAAUAUAAGAAAAAUCAGUAUUUGCGCGUGGAUUUCAUGCGUAUCACAUUGUUUUGUUGCGAAAGAUUUCUCGGUUCGGAUUUCUAAAUUCGAAUUUUCCUCUCAAAUCUGAAUUACUUAAUCACUAUCGAUGACACGAUCAACAUGAAUGAUGAAAUAGUUGCAGCUUGUUAAUAACGCAAUCAUAUUUUUGAUAUUAUAUGCUUUAUUCUAAAAUAAUCAUGUCCCAUUUAAUAGAAGAAACAAAUGCUUCCAAUGAUUGUCCGAACAAGUGAUGUAAGUUAUAAAUCACUUUACGAAGUAUGUAUUUACUGCGCUAAUUAUACACGUAUAAGUGGCUUAUGGGGGGGAAAAUUGUAAGAUUGCACUAGACAAACUGCCAGUGAAAAAUGUUGAUUGAAAAGAAUCCGUAUGUAAAAAAGAAUCAGUGGCGUUACAGAUACGAGAAAAUUGUCACGUAGCGUUUAAUCUACACUUCUUUACAAAUGGGGACGCAAUUAUUUAUAGUGCCUUAUCAAACUGGCUCUAGUACAAGAAAAAGAUAUUUAUUAAACAGAAUUAAUGUGUAUUUAUACUUACAUGUUCGAUGGUGUAAAACAUUUUCCGUUGAGAUUUUACGUUCAAUAGGAAAAUUUAUUGCCCGCGCCACAACACAGGCGUGUCUUCCCAGAGAUAUUAAUCGAAUGCUUUUUUUUUUGUAAAUAGGACUCUUUGUAGUUUAUAAACGCUUUACAUUAUUCGUUUUUUCCCGAACGAAUUAAAUGCAGCGUUUCUUCCAGGUUUUGUAGAUAUGAAUUUUUAUAUGAUAGCAAAUUCUCCUCUAUGCGAUAUUGCAAAGGAAGAAAAAGAUCGAUAUUUCCUGCGAUGCACAAUAUACCUUGUACAGUUUGAUUUUUAAUAUGUUUUAAGCAUAGUCGAACCGAAUUUACGCAAUUAUCUAAUCUUAAAAGCUCCCGGUUGAUUACUUCCUCAAAGUCGCUAUCAUUAUUAUUAUUGAAAUCAUUGUCAAGUAAUAUAUUGCUUGAUUCAGUUCGACUAUUUACACACUAACAUAGAAAUACACGAUUUAAUGACUUACAAAAAUUAAUUUGGUAAGAAAUAUAUUAUUUUCAUAUAAUAUUAAUAGAUUAGAUAUGUAACAGAGCCUAAUGUUCGUGUAUUGGUGCUUGUUCCCGAGUAUUCUGACUGAAGUAAUACUGCAAUUCUACGUGAUGAAUCUGUUACAGCGAUUAAAACAAAAAAUAAACUUCGGAACAAGUAGCCAAAGCUAUUGUUGAAUAUUUUUCACUCACAUUUAAAACAGGAUUAAUUAUUAUUGUUGCUCGCAUGUGCGAUCGUUUGUAAUAAAGGAAUAAACAAA